CCCAAACUUUCUCGUAAGAUGUUUUUGUAAGAUCUGACAGUAACUACGCAGAAGUCAGUCAAGACGGAGUGACAUGUAUAACAGUGACUCUGACUUAAGAAAACCAGACGAUUAUGGCGACAUUGCCGCUAAUUAUUAUGGAACAGCUCCUGCAGAUAAUUUGCGAAAUGGGAGUAAAAGUUCCGUCUCCAAAUUCAGUUUUAUGACAAAACGGGAACGUAUUCCUGGUUUGGAUGGUGCAAUGUUUCUCCCAGCUGAGUCUAGAAGUGUUGGAAUGUUUCAACUCCAGCCUCGAGUAACAAACCAUUACAAAGAAGACAUUGAUAAUGUCCCUGAUGACGUGCUUUACAGCACAGAGCAGGAGAAUGUCCAAAAAGACUCUAACAAAUCACAUUCAUUGAACGAUGAUUACUUUGAUGAGAUAGAUAGGGAGUACAAACUGAGGGCUGCAGGGAAGUCUCCUUUUAAACAACAAGACACAUUCAAUUCAAAAUUUCAAGAAAAUCAUUCGCCCACUGCAGAAAAGCAAAAAGUGGCAGUUAAUUUUAAAAAAGAAAACCGUCCUUCUAUCCCCUUAUCUGUGGAGUACGACCCAUACGUUGAUAUUGAUCUUAUGACAUAUCCACCAGUUUAUGCCAAACUGCUUAAAGAGGGAUGCAUGGAGGAUGUGGCUGAACAAUUUCUUGGGCUUGUUCAAGAUGGCAUUUUGGGUAAUGUUGAAUGGGAUUCAGAACACGGCGAAAAUUUGUUAAAGAGUGUCAGCAGAAAGUCUCAGCGCGAAGAAGAUCCAAACCUAAAAGAGUUUUUCGACGAAUUUAGGAGUGUGGAAAUAAAUCAGUCAGCUGAUAAGUUUCAUCUCUUCAAAAAGAUGUUCAGCAGGUUUUGUAAGGGGUAUAAGAACUACCGUGAGGACAAAGUAGUCCCCUUGGAAUUACAAGAUCAGAUGCGGCUUGACAGUUUUUAUCAAAGUAAUCUGGCUAAAGGUUAUAAAGUGUUCGUCAAAUCGGGCUGCAGAAGAUACUUUAAGCUAGGAGAUGAAGAAGAAGAUUAUCAUAAUGAGAGCCACCAGUUGUUUAUCGGAAGAAUCCCCAAAAACUGUUAUGAGGAUGAACUAGUCAAGCAUUUCUGUAGCAUAGGAACGAUAAAAAGUAUCGUUCUUAUGAUGGAUUCUCAGUCAAAUCUAAAUCGCGGUUUUGGAUUUUUGAACUACGAAAACCGUUCAUUAACAGAAGCAGCAGUAAAAGCUUACGACCAGAGUUACAUUAGACUUAACAAGCGCAUCGGGUUAUCAAGAGGACUUAGCCACAAUCGCUUGUUCUUCGGGGGGCUCCCUCGACAUUUAACUGAAGAUGAUCUGCUGAAGGACUUCCAAUCAGUUUUCUCGGGUGUAACCAGUGUAAUUCUUAAUAAAGAUUACAAUGACAGGUCAAAGAACCGAGGGUUUGUGUUUGUGGACUUCAAGAGUUCGCUGCUAGCUAGAGAAGCUAUGCAGAAAGCUAAAAGUGGCCGCUGCAAGAUUGCUGGUACGACCAUUACAAAUGCUGAGUGGGCCAGAGUUAUGGACAAACCUGCGGAAAAUAAUGAUGUGGUUAUCAAUACUGAGUGUAAAAGAGUUUUCAUACGAGGAUUAACUACUGCUGUCACCGAGGAGGCGAUAUACUUCAGCCUCAUAUGGCACGGGGAGAUGGAUGAAGUACGUAAGCAGGGUGACUACGCUUUUGUGACCUUCAAGACCCACGAAGGAGCACUUAGCACUGUCAGUAAACCUCCUGCUGCUAUUUCAGGUGCAGAGAUAACCAUAAAGUGGGCUACCCCCUCUAAGAGGAGAUAUAACGAUUAUACGCUACAGAAAAACAAAGGAGUGUCGUCUAUGUGGGCUCCUCCUGCAGAAUCAACUGGAAAUACUGAGUCCAAUGAACGAUGGGUGUGGAGUACAGGGAAGGAAAAGCCAAGAAAGGAAAAGUCUCACAAACGCAGGAUUUCUGAUCGAAGUGAAAAACACGAUUCCAACUCGAACCUUACAUAUAAUAAUAUAAAGAACGUGGCGGUGGAAGCUUACACCAACAACUCUUAUAAAGCCCAACUAGAGACAAAUUUCCACAAACAAAUAAAAAGUAAAUUUGACAUGGGCUUGGCUCAGUCUAAACGACUGAAGCAGAGAGCAGACAUUUUGGAUUUCUUUGGAAUGGAUGAUGAUAAGAUUCCUGUUGCUACCUUCAGUGGCUCUUACUAAUUCGCUCGCCCAAAAAUUUAACGUGACUUCGGUUUUUAUGGUUUUGCAGCCGUACAAAACGGUUUUACAUAAACCCUAAUCCCAACCCUAACCAUAACCCCGAAGCUAACCAUAACCCUUACCACAACCCUAACCCUAACCCGAGUCCUAAACAAUCGAAUUCGUGUUUUACUAGCCUGUCACGUGACCAAAACGGUUUUUUGCCGAUAUUUCUCCAGGGAAGCAUUUUAACCUUACGUCAUGGGGGUGAUUCGGAAUCAGCGUCCAUAAAUACACCGAUUUAGAUCACUUUCAUGCCCAAAGGGCCUUUUCACAAGAAAUUUCUUAAAAUUUGGGCGAGCGAUUUAGUAGGAGCGACCUUCAGUAGCCAGCCUCCAUGCACCAGUUUAGAAAUGAGACAACUUUAACGAGACCAGGCCAGAACCAUUCCUGUACAAAUCUGGAUCAUACAUAUAACGAUAAAAUACCAGACAUUUUAUGAGUAUAUUAAUUAGCUGUGUUGUGAUAUUGUCAUAUUAUGCAUAAGAAUAUCAUGCCGUCGAUGUGAUCUGUGAUCACUAAAAUGAGAACUUUUUAUGGAUUUACUAAAAUUUUGUAUUGUCAAUUGUA